AUGGCUAAUAUGAUCACGGAUAUCAACAGCGUCCAAGUCAACAUCUCUGCGGAAUCCGGAGACAUGGGUAUUCUCUCCAACCACGUUCCAAGCAUCGAACAAUUGAGACCCGGUCCCAUCGAGAUCAUUGAGGAGAAUGGACAGACCAAGAAGUUUUUUCUUGCUGGUGGCUUCGCUGUCGUUCAACCAAAUUCCACUCUCAGCAUUAACGCCGUUGAGGGUUUCCCUCUUGAAGAUUUCAGCUCAGAGGCUAUCAAGUCCCAAAUUGGUGAGGCUCAAAAGAUCGCCGCUGGCUCCGGAAGCGAACAAGAUAUUGCUGAAGCCAAGAUUGAAUUAGAGGUUCUCGAGAGCCUUCAGGCCGCUAUGAAAUAG